AUGACGCGACCGUCGCAGGGAAAGCGACGGCCGGCGACGCCGCAGCGCGUCAAGGAGGCGCGCGAGCAGUUCGCCGCGCUGUCGUACACGCCGAAGAACGAAGAGGAGGCGCUGUCGCCGUCCAAGCUGGACGGGUGGGAGGGCAACGCGAGUCACGAUCCGAAAAACGCGGGCGUGAAGGUGGACCUCGUCGCGAGGCGGCGGACGGACGGCAUCUUCGACGAGCGGCACACCGCCGUCGGCGCGGGGCAACCCAAGCACAGCAAGCGCGCGCUCGCCGGGCCGGGGGGGACGCGAGAGGAGGACGAAUUCAGGUCGUCGAUCAAGAAGAUCGAGCAGCCGCCGUCGCUCACGGGAGGCGAGAGGAAGUGGAAGGGGAAGGCGAUCGUUCGGCGGUACGACGAUCCGACGGCGCACCAGUACCGCGGGCACGUCGACGGCGACGGCGCGUCCCCGCACGGCGGCGUGUUCGCGCCGAAGUAUCCGACCGGGGGUACUACGUAUGCGCCGCCGUCCGGGGAGGCGCCCGCCGGGUUCAAUCCAGGGCGCGAGGGCGCGAUCCAGGACGGGUACAAAGCCGCGGAUAAGCUCGACGAGACCAUCUUUCACCCCGCGCAUCAACGGUCGCACCCGGGGGAACGGCAACGCGACGGGAUCGAGAAGGACGGGAGCAUGGUCCCCGCGCGGCGCGACGCGUACAACCCGCAGGAAGGGAUGUUCUCCGAGACGAGGAACACGUUUGAGCACGCCGGGGAAGCGACGCGGUCGAGCGUGACGAGCGAGGGCGGCGCGAUGGUCCCGGCGAGACCGGACCAGGGCGAAUACCAAGCCCAGGAGGGCAUCUUCGCGGAGAACCGGAACGUCUUCGAGCACGCCGGGAAAGACACGAAGAGCUCGCUCGGUUAUGGGAUGGUCCCGGACCAGCAACGGUUCGAGGGCGACGCGAACGCGCAUCUGAACGCGCACAGGGGGAAGGCGACGAAGUCGUCCAUCAGAUUCGGACCGACGAGCCCGGACUCUUCCCCGGAGCAGCCCGCGAUCGCGCACGUGGACGGCGGACGCAGGAAGAUUGGGGGUCAGAAAACCCCGGACUCGACCGGGGCGAAGCGACCGGAGGACGGGUUCUACCGGUCCGGGUUCGCGAGCGGGAUGACGCCGCGGAGGGAGGCGGCGCGCGACGGGAAGUGGACGAUGCGGAUGACGUGACAGACGCGAAGAGGAGGCGAGCGUCGGGUCGCGAGGGCAUCGCGUCGUCGUCUCAUCGUGGGGGGUGUGCUGUGUUGUAUCCGUGUCGUGAAUAAAUAUGAUAUUCAACGCUAAGGAGGUUCACGCGUC